GAUCAUGAUCUAGUAUAGUAAAUUCAAAGAUACAACACUACUAGCAACUGGUGUUGCCCAGAUUGAUGUUUCUGUGGCUUGUAAAAACGAAGCACACAAAUAAUAUUGUUUUACCUUCUUUCGGUCGUGUAAGCCUUCUACGGGUUGCGUGACUUCGCACCGCAACAUCUUCGGUAACGGUCCUGCUGCUGGUGAUGAAAUCGACAUUUUCAUGGUGAGAUGUCGAUAACUCUCCUCUCCAACUUGUUUGUCAGCAGGAUUGUAUUGCUCUUAAUCUUAUCACACCGUAUGUACCUUGAAAAGUAUACACAAAAUCCUCGGCAAAUUUGGUAAAUUCAAAUUUUUACCCACCUAACAAGUACAAUCAAACCUAAAUUUCAACUUAAAUAAGUUUUCGCCUUCUAGCUACCCGGCUAUACCAUCUUUCCGCUUCAUAAUCCCUCAUCUCAACAAGUAGUCAAUAUUUUUCUAAAAACCACUUCUAACUUUGUGCGUAAAAACACUCAAGGCAAUAAAGCUAAAAUGGCCCUUCUCAGCCUGUCCGUGUCUCCACCCGCGGCCGCUCUUGCUGGUGACGAGACGGGCGAGUCGGCGCUCUUGGAGGCGUAUUUGCGCAAAAACCAUUCUCCUCGGAGUUCGCGAAUCGAAUUACAGGAACCCCUCGAAGACGAGUUUGACAUCCUGGAAGAGGAGCUUUUGCGCAUCGAAAGGGAAGACUAUGACGAGUUCGAGCGAACAAUUGGUGGACCGCACGCUGGCUCUACGUCCUCUACCCGGACAAUCUACACGUCGAAGAAGGAUUCGACUAGACCGAUUCCGGCUACAAAGGUGGUACACGACACGAACACCCACCCCCCGGCGCACAAUAACAACGCGGAUCAAUUUCAUCAUGGGCAAAAUUCCCGUGCCGUGGAGGCGGUUUUGACAGCGUUAGACGUGUCGCAAAUCGUCGUGCAAGGAGUCAAGUCCGUUUUCAAGGUCGACGCGGAGACAAAGCAAAACAAGGAACAAAACUUGAAGUUCGAACCGGUUGGCCGGAGCGGAAACAACAUUGAUCACCACCUGCAAUACGACCACAUCCCGUUUCUCACCAUUGACCGAUCUAGUACAACUGCCUCAGGUGCUGGAGCCGACACCACAACCAACAUGAUCCCGCACCUGAAUCCGGCAAACGCGGUGAAAUCGCGUUUCAACAGCUACGAGAAACGCGUGCACAAGAUGACUUUCAACGACAAUUUGUCCUACGAGUGGAUCGUGACAGACGAGAAGCAUUCCAACGUGUUGCACGAAACCGCUUGGCUGGCUGUCGCGCCCCCGGCAGGAGAUGCUAAUGUUACUUCUUCUACUGCACCAGGAGCUACUGGAGGCCCGCCAACUUCUCUGUCUACUUCAUCCAGCACGGUCCUUUCCGCGAACUUCCUGCCCCAGUUUCGCCUGAUGCUGGAAGACAUCAAGGAAAAUGAGCGGCUGCCCCUGGUUCCGGCCUUCACACAGAUGAUCUGCUCCGUGGCGCAGCAGACCGUGAAAACGGCCCAGAAGACCGAUUCCCGGGAGGUGAAAAAAGUCCUCCGCGGGUUCGAAGGCUACAGCGGCCAUGUGGCGGAUGCGAAAACGCAGCAAUCUGAUGUGCACAAGCAGGGACAAAAACAGUUGUUGGAGAAAAUCCGCGAAAAGGGGUUUUUGGGCACAUUUUUUGCAGGACACCUUCAAGGGCAGGAACAAGAAGACGCGACGAAUUAUGGUGAAAAUAAGGAGCAAGAUCACAACGAGCAGAACAAAAAUAAUUCCACUUCCUGGUACAACGAAAAGUACCAGAUUCUCGAUGGGGCGCUGCAAUUUCUCCGCUACGAUGAGGACGAAUCCCCGGUGAAGAUUGUGUUGAAGGGUUUGAUUUGGCACAACCUCGCGUCGAUCGACUACGUUUGUCGGUACGAGAAAAAAGAACCUCUGGACGAACUCGACAUAGCCAAACGGUUCUACUUUCAGAACCACUUUGAAUCUCAAUUAAUCCGCCAGAGAUACGCGGGGAACGACAUUCAGCCAGAGGAGAUCUCUGUUUGGGGCGAUUUGGUAUCGGACCAAGCCCUGAGCGACCUGGCCUUCAAAGGCUUAGGAAUGUACUACGUCCGCCGCUUCGAGAAGCAGGGAAGAACGGUUUCGCCGGCUUCUAGUACGACAUCAACAUCAUCUCCCACGAGUCGUACUGGUAAGAAGCACAAGAAUCAAGAACUACCUAUGCAGGAAGACAGCAAGGACGUGCAAAAUCUGGAGAGGUUCGCAAGAAACCACUUUGAGAGUGAUGCCCAAGAUGAACUUUGCGAAAAUUUCGUGAACCAGAUGCUGCAGCAGGUGGAGUUUCUGAUCGACUUUUCCGCCAUGGCGGAGUGCGAAACGCGGGAGGGAUUGGAACGUUGCGGCGCGGUUGCGUAUUUUGACAAGAGCCGGAAGGUCGUCGCGAUUUACUACUGCGAAUGGAAGCGGUUUUUCUUUCCGACCGUUGAGUCAAAGAAAUUUGGCGGCAAGGGCAUCGCGGUGCCCGGCUGCUUCGUCAAAGAACAAAACUGGUUUGUGGGAGGCGGCUCUGAGGACGGUAAUGAAACUAAAACUUCCCGUGCGGGUGUGAGGAAUCAGCCGGUGCCGAAUCGUGGAGCCUGCUACUUGUAUCCGCCGAGAACUGUAAAUCAGCAAGCCGAAGCACCAUCAAAGGAAGUGAAUUUCUCCGAAUUGUUCACGGCUGAAGGAAUAACAGAUCUACCUAAGGCCGCUGCAAGAACUGCUCAGGAGCACCAGCAGCGAAACAAUUUUGAGCAGGAGCGCAUCAAACAUAGCCUCUACAAUCUGCUGGACUGGGAGCGCGCGAAAUUUGCGUUCCGGUCCGCCAUGUUCACCUACUGCACUCUACGGUCCCACCUCUUCGAACUGCAUUGGGUCAUCUCCAACGGCCUGGCCGUCGCCGCCAGGAAGUUGCCGAAAGGCCACUUUCUGCGGAAGAUCCUGAAGGCCCACACAUUCCGGACGGUGGCGAUCAACUGGUCCAGCGUGAUGAUUCUACUUCCGGAAAACAUGCUGGCCUUCCGGGUGUUUCCGUUUUCCAAAACGGGGUGGCAGAAGUUUUUCACCAACUGUUUAGUCGAGUGGAAAUACAUGACACUGGAGGAAAAGAUUAAGGAGAAAAACCUGCACUUCGAAACCACGGGUGAGCCGAACAUCCGGCUCGCGCAAAACAACUUCGAACUCAAGCAGAUUCUCCGCAAACACGUGAGCGACUUGCUGAAAACUGAAUACGAUGAAGUGGAUGAGCUGUAUGAAGACACGCACGUGCAAGAUUUCUACAACGACUUCCGGCAGCAGCUCCGUCUGCCACGAGAAACCGAUCAGCAAGCCUUCAAGCGGAACCACUUCGGGUUGCCGAAGUUCGACUUUGGGGGCACGACCAGCGGAGGUGACCGUACUAUCAAUGCGCGAAGCUCGGACCAGAACGACGUGAGUGUUAAAACGAUGCAGAGGUUCUGGGACACGUUGGUGGACUUCGUCGCGGAGGGGUAUGCAAGAAAAAAACUGUGUUAGUGUAAGUCUUUUGGGAAAACAGCAUCACAAGUUUGUCUGCCAGGACAGGAAAAACUUGUGAUGCGCAGAUAGGAAGGGAAAACACAUAGGAAGCGAGCCGAUCAUGCAUGUCGAGCAUGACAAGUGUAACUGUUUUGCUUUUUCUGCAUCACAGAUUUACAUUAACACAGUUUUUUUCUUGGACAAGGAGAUCUGCAUGGUGACUGGCGGCCACCUGCUGCUUGGCUCUUUGUCGGAGUACUUCUCUGACUGCAACGUGUGGAGCGGAAAGAUUUACAAGGACAGUCGACUACACUCCGACGAUUUACAAGUCUGCUGUGCGGCCGAUCUCGACUCCUACUUGCUGGGCUUGAUGCUGCUUGUCGCCACCGGAGCGCAGCAGCCCUUGCUGCUGGACGAGCAUUGGCUGGAGCAGAUCUAUUCCCUGGAUAAAGAAGAGGAGCAGGAAAAAGAGAAAUUAGCGCAGAAGAAAAUAAUCGUGUUGAACACGAAAAACGAGCUGCUGGCCUUGGUUCACCGCAUUCAGGAACGGAAUAAGGGAGAAGAGAACGUGAAGUGGAACGCAUGCAAUCCGGUAAAGAUGGAAAGUUCCGUAUCGAUUUAGGCGGAACUACGUCGGAUAUUUUUAAGCCCUAGUAGUAUAACUCGUGCCUGUCUAUUUUGUCAGUCACAGUUACUAAUACGUGUAUGAUUAUAUUUUUGAGUACUUGCUACACUCACAUCUGCUGUGACAGAAUGGAAAUUGCUCUGUAUGAUCAGCGUAGUUUUUACAACUUCUUCAUCCACCGUGCUCUCAUGCUGCUGUACCUGUAUGAUUUAUGUCUCGAAGAUGGAGCAAGUCCUCCUAGUCCUCCCAAAAAUAACGCCAGCACGCAAAUUGCGAGAGAAGUGUAGUACGUGCAGCACAUCGAUUAUCAAACUUCAGAGUAGCGUAGUUGCAAUUGGAAUCUCACUACUUGCAUCAUUACCGCCUUAUCAAAAAUCCGAGGGAUGAAGGAAGCGGUUAUUUUCAAACUCAACCUGUAGUGUAUGAUUUGCUCGAAAAUCCAAAUAACGUGCUGGCCAGUCUUUCGACCCAGACUGUCCUCUCAUUCAUUAACGAAAGGAGAUGUUUGAUGAAAGCGAGUGUUUUUUGCUGCGAAAAUCUUGUUCGCGCG